AUGCGGUUCGGCAAAAGAGGUAGAUUGAGUCCACGAUAUAUAGGACCAUAUGAGAUACUUGACCGGGUUGGAGGUGUGGCGUAUCGUUUGGCAUUGCCUCCCGAUAUGUCUUUCAUCCAUCCAGUAUUCCAUGUUUCUAUGUUGAGGAAGUAUAUCUCACACUCCUCUCAUGUACUUGAAGCACCAACUAUACCAAUUGAUGAGAACUUACCAUAUGAAGAGGAACCUGUGGCUAUUGUGGACAAACAAGUAAAAAGGUUAAGGUCAAAAGAAAUUGUGUCCGUGAAGGUCUUAUGGAGGAACCAUACCACUGAAGAAGCUACUUGGGAGUUGGAAAAGGAUAUGUGA